GGGCUCUGCUCAUCCUCCUGACAUCUGCAGAAAAAUGAGGGACCCCAGGAGGGCAAGACGCAAAGGCGCAAGGCGACCACAGAGACCCCGGAGUGCUUCUCCGCGGUGCUCAGGUCCUCCCGGUCUAGCUGGGUGCAUCGGGCCAGCGCCCUCUAGGCAGCGGAAGUGGCGCUAGUUGUACAUCCGUCCCCGCCUCGCAGAGUUGGGAGCAGAUAGGCAGGGUUGGGGGGGUGUGAGGGGAAAAUGGGAGAGCAAAGUCUUUGCACCAUGUAGAACGAGCCGGCCCCCCCCCCGGGAGCGGCACCCCAGGUCUGUGGCCAUGAACGUGAGCGGCGAGGACAGCUUCUCAGGAUCAGUACAAAUCCCAGGAGGCACCACUGUCCUGGUAGAGCUGACACCAGACAUCCACAUCUGUGGCAUCUGUAAACAGCAGUUCAGCAACCUGGAUGCCUUCGUAGCCCACAAGCAAAGCGGCUGCCAGCUGACCAGCACGCCAGUGACAGCUGCCAGCACGGUGCAGUUUGUGUCGGAGGAGACAGUGCCUGCUGCCCAGACCCAGACCACCACAAGGACCAUCAGUUCAGAGACCCAGACCAUCACAGUUUCAGCUCCAGAAUUCGUCUUUGAACAUGGCUAUCAAACUUACCUGCCCACGGAAAGCAACGAAAACCAGACAGCCACCGUGAUCUCGCUCCCCGCCAAGUCACGUGCCAAAAAGCCCUCCACCGUCCCUGUGCAGAAGAGACUCGGCUGCUGCUAUCCGGGCUGCCAGUUCAAGACUGCCUACGGCAUGAAGGACAUGGAGCGACACCUGAAGAUCCACACGGGUGACAAACCCCACAAGUGCGAGGUGUGCGGGAAGUGCUUCAGCCGGAAGGACAAGCUGAAGACGCACAUGCGCUGCCACACGGGCGUCAAGCCCUACAAGUGCAAGACGUGCGACUACGCGGCGGCCGACAGCAGCAGCCUCAACAAGCACCUGCGCAUCCACUCGGACGAGCGGCCCUUCAAGUGCCAGAUCUGCCCCUACGCCAGCCGCAACUCCAGCCAGCUCACCGUGCACCUGCGCUCGCACACGGCCUCUGCACUGCUAGAUGACAGAGUUCCAAAACCAUCAGACCUCUCUGCUGAAGACAGUGACACCCAGCAGGCCCCUGCUGUCCCUGUACCCUCGGAAACAAAGGAACAAAUGGCCACCCUCGGAGAAAGAACCUUUAACUGCUGCUUUCCAGGUUGUCGUUUCAAGACGGUUCAUGGCAUGAAAGACUUGGACCGCCAUGUGAGAAUCCACACGGGCGACAAGCCGCACAAGUGUGAGUUCUGUGAUAAGUGCUUCAGCCGGAAGGACAACCUGACCAUGCACAUGCGCUGCCACACGAGCGUCAAGCCACACAAGUGCCACCUGUGCGACUAUGCAGCUGUGGACAGCAGCAGCCUCAAGAAGCACCUGCGCAUCCACUCGGACGAGCGGCCGUACAAGUGCCAGCUCUGCCCCUACGCCAGCCGCAACUCCAGCCAGCUCACCGUGCACCUGCGCUCGCACACGGGGGACACCCCUUUCCAGUGCUGGCUCUGCAGCGCCAAGUUCAAAAUCAGCUCGGACUUGAAGCGGCACAUGAUCGUGCACUCGGGGGAGAAGCCCUUCAAGUGCGAGUUCUGCGACGUCCGCUGCACCAUGAAGGCGAACCUCAAGUCGCACGUCCGCAUCAAGCACACCUUCAAGUGUCUGCACUGUGCCUUCCAGGGCCGAGACCGGGCCGACCUGCUGGAGCACAGUCGCCUACAUCAGGCUGACCAUCCUGAGAAAUGUCCCGAGUGCAACUACUCUUGCUCCAGCCCGGCUGCCCUGCGGGUGCACAGCAGGGUUCACUGCAAGGACCGGCCCUUCAAAUGUGACUUCUGCAGCUUUGACACGAAGCGGCCCAGCAGCCUGGCCAAACACAUGGACAGAGUGCACAGGGAAGGGGCCAAGACAGGGAGCAGGGUCCCACAGGGCAAGGAUGCUCACACAGAGAGUGGCCCCCACCACGGGCCCAAGACUGCCACCCAGCGGGCCUUCCAGUGUGACAAGUGUGGUGCCUCCUUUGUCAGGGACGACUCUCUGAGGUGCCAUCGGAAGCAGCACAGUGACUGGGGUGAGAGUAAGAGCUCGAGCCUGGUCACUUUCCCCUCGGAAAGUGUUGCUUCGGGGCAGCUCGGCACCCUGGAGCCCAGCUGUGACCUCUAGGGCAGCAUGAGCGCUCUCAGGAACCUGAACAAAGCUGGUACCGGCCCCUCGUGGUGACACCAUCAGGAGGACCUUGCCUUCUCUUUCCAAAGCUGGCAGCCCCGACCUCCCCAGCCUCCAGCUGACCCAGGAGGGCAGAGCGAGGCCACGGAGACGAUUGCCCACAGCCCAGCUGCCUCCCCUGUAAGCAUUUGGGUCACUCAAAGGCAGGGGACCCUAAGCUCUCCUCUGUGCCCUUGGGGAGAGUUGCCUCGCAUGGAUGGUGAUUUGAAAACUGACGGGUCUCUGGUGGAGCUAUUAAAUUGGCAACUUCAUCUAACCUGAGCAGUGUGGGGAAAGGAGUCGGUGCUCUGUCAGGGGAUGUGGUAAAGUUCUUUUUUUUUUUUUAAUUAUUUUAUUGUUACUACUUUUUAUUUUGAGAUUUUGCCUGUUUAAUGGUGUUGGAUUUUGGAGUUGUAGACAUUUGUUAGCUGUCAUAUGGGUAAUGGGAAUUGAACCCGGGUCCUUUUGGAAGAGCAGCCAGUGCUCUUAACCACUGAGCCAUCUCUCCAGUCCCCUGGUAAAGUUUUUUUCUUAACCUGGGUGGUGGCUGUUAGUGUUCGCCUUAUACAUUUGUGUGCUGUCUUUUCUGUUUGUUUUUUUAAUAAAAAUUCAAACUUC